AUUGAUUGAUUGGUUAGUUUAAUUCCGUCGUUUGUUCAUUCAUACAUGUCAUGAGGUUUAAAUAAUAAACUUCAACUUGUAUCACAUAUUUUCUUUAUUUCUUUUGAAACUUUCCUCAAAUUGCUGUUCACACUGUUAAACAUGUACAUAGGUUUGUUGUGGUAAACCACACUCAGAAUGUGUGAUUUGCUGUCCGUAUAUUUGUAUUCUUACCUCCACAGACUGGUAUCACAAUGCUUGGUGACAAUGCUCCUGGAGACCACUAUGUGUACAUGAUCUGCGUGGUCACUGGCUGGUGGGCACAUGCUGGCACCACCUCCAGAGUGUUCAUGUACCUCUGUGGGAAGAGUGGAAGGUCAUCACGACAUGCCAUGUUUGACAGCAAUAAGGAACUCUUCACAUCUGGUGCAGAGAACUGGUUUCUACUCAAGACCAGUGAAAGUCUGGGCCACAUUAGAUCUGUGGUCAUAUGGCAUGACAAUGGUGGACAACAGCCAUCUUGGUACCUAAAAGAAAUUGUUAUCAAGGAUGUCCAGACUGAAGAGAUAUGGCACUGUGUUUAUGACGAAUGGCUCAGCAUUGAUAAAGGACUGGGGACUCUUCAAGCAGACAUCCCUGCCAUUGAAGAUGCAACUUUUGCAAAGAAGCGUUUCUACCAGUUCAUGCACACAACCAGUCGCGACUUCCGCAAUGGACACAUCUGGAUCAGCAUCUUCUCCAAACCUCCGACGAGCCGUUUUACACGUAUCCAGCGUCUCACGUGUGCUCUCUGUAUUCUCCUGUCGACAAUGCUCACUGAUAUCAUGUUCCACGGAAUUCCACGAGAUGAUCCCGAGAACCAGAUCGAUUACGGAGAUUUUCACCUUUCAUUGGUGGACUUUGUAAUCGGAAUCGAGAGUGCCCUGAUAGUGUUUCCUGUCAAUAUGACCAUCAUCUUGUUGUUUAAAUUAACCAAUCCGAAACCUGACACUGUACUGAAAUCAGAGGAACCUGUGGAUGACAAGAUGAAAGUUAAAGAGGAAAAGGAAAAUAUAUUUUCUAAGUUAAGGUAUUAGAAAGUUUAACUAAAAUAAUUUCUUUGCAAUCCUUCAUAUUUGGUAUAUGUUCUGAUGGAAAGAAAUAAGAGUUCACAUGGUUUCUGAGGACCAAAUUUAAUUCACUACUAGUAGAUCAAUGUGUACAUAAAAUACAAAGAUGAGUUAUGGGAAUUGAAUAUCAGUAAUGAGCAUGCCCCUCAUCAACACUUGCAUCUUUCCGAUAUGCUCUGAUUGAGGGUACUAAUCACACUCACUGUUUGCUGUUACUAUUUAUGUGAUACCUUAUUUCCUUCCAUCAGUACGUAUUACAUUACUGCCAUCACCAUAAGCAUAGUAUGUGUUGAUGCACAUAUAGGUUACCAGUUAGACCAAUUUAUCAAGUUUAUAAUUUUCUCUAUUAUUACUGUAAAAUUACUGUUCUUGUCCAAUUAAAACAAAGAACCCAGA